AGAUCAUGGACAUACCCAGCACGUACGGACAUCUGACGCAGCAUACUUAAACCCAGUACUUGUACUUGUAUUGGGGAUUGCUGGCCAACUUAAACCCAGUCUGUACAUUAUCCUUUUAUUGUAAACAUUGGUGUAUAUUAUGAGCUUGUUUUCUGAGAGUUAUGAUGUGAUUGAUGGGAAAACAGUGGCUUCUUGUGAUUGGUGGCAAUUGUAGUAAUGCCAAGUGCAGCGUAAUUCUGCUAACUUUUCUUGCCAAGUUUAUGUGGUUAACUGUUAAAUAAUGCCAAAUAACAGAAAUAAGUGAUAUUACAUUAAUUAUUUGAUAUCUCAUAGUUAUUUUUUUUAGUAUGGGUUUCCUUUAAAAUAAGAUUAGCUAAGCGACUAACGAAGAUAUAAGUAAAAGUAGGUAAAUACAGGUAGUUCAGGCUCUCACUUUUUUGCUGGGAUCAAUUCCCGGGUCCGAACUCAGAGUAGUGAGUAUAUACCGGUUUCUUCCUGUAUAAACAAUGGAUAAUGACGGCCAUAAACAAGGUACAAGAGAACAGACUAACCGCUUGGAUGGCUCGUAAGCUCAGAGGUGAAAAGAUAAAAAGUGAAUCUUCUUUGACAUAACAGACUAACCGCUUGGAUGGCUCGUAAGCUCAGAGGUGAAAAGAUAAAAAGUGAAUCUUCUUUGACAUUUUCUAAUUCAAAUUUGGAAACAAUAAAUUAACGAGUAAAAUGACAACAGUGGUGAGUAUAAUCUCGCAUUAAUUCACGGUUUCAUUUAGUACGAAAUAUAUAAACAUGUUCAGUAUCUAACACCCAGUCACUCAAGGUACAGUCCAAGUUACAUGUUUUCACUGUGUGUUUACCAAUCUUCCUUCUUUGUGUUUCUCUCCAGGGACCACAACUUUUAAUUUCCUUCAUCCAUCCCAGCCUAUAUCUUUCUCUAACCCCCUUAACUUCAAGUCCACACAUUAAUAUCUCCAGCAUUACACCUCCAUCCCUAAAAAAAAUUGGUACGUCUCAUAUUUAUCCCAGUCUCUUUCUACCCCUGGCCCUCUACUCUCAAUUCGACUCACAUUAUCUAUAAGUGUAUAAGUAAAGUAUUUAAUUGUUAUUUUUCUUUAGUUUAACAUUAUUUAUCUCGGUGAUAAAGCCUAGCCCCACUCCUUGAUGUCGUUUACUUGAGCACGGGGGAUCCCAACAUUAUUGAGAAAGUGUAGACAUUUUACUGAAGGAAUAUGUUUCAGUCGAUCUAACCAUCCAUCUAUUCUAGUGGGCCUUGGUGGCAGAGGUUGGCGCUGGCGGGGUAUCCUCUCCCUUUCUUUAUCCUCUACAGUGUCUACACCACAGAGUUCACGUAUGGUCGGGCGGUCGAUCUGUCUGUUACAUAUUGCUUGCUAGUACUAUACAGUAGUAGGUACAGUAGUAGGUAUCUAUCAAAAUGGGAGGUACUAUCGCCUGGAAAGAUAUUGGAAGCAUAAGUGUGCCAUGUGUCAUAUGGAAUCAUAAAAAUUGUGAUCAAGUUCCAGGUUGCUCAUUUGACUAACUUUCUGCUUCAUUUACACACAAUUAAGGGGUCUUAAUUUUUUCUCUUACUUUGACAACACAACAUAUAUCGUUUCUCACUCUUGAUCUGUUUUAUUUUUCUCAGUUCUGUAUUUAUCUAUGGUGCAAUUUAUUUUUUCCGCCCCAUUCCAAGGCCCCGAAGUGGGUUGGUGACCUAUGCCCGGGUGGGCUAAUGCCACAUUCAAAAAAAAAAAUAGUGUGUUUGGGAAGCCUUGCUACGCAAAGUAUCCAUCUAUCUAACAUCUGUCGAACUUGGUGGCUGUGACUGGUGAGAUAUCUUUCUGCUUGUCUAUCAAUAAAUAUUUACCUUUCUCUCCAUCUAUCCAUCCAUCUAGCAGUUCUUAGAGGCUGAGAUUGAUGAGGUAUAUCUCCAUUUAGUUGCAAGUUACCUACCUAAUUAUACAUCUACCCAUCUCCGCUUUACGUACUUAUCUAUCAAACUAAUCAUGCAUCUAGCGCUUUUUAAAAGCUGAGGUUGGCAAUGCUGUGUAGGUCGAGGCCACCAUCUCUGCUGGACGGUCUCCUGUUUGACGUAAACAGCAGUAGGAGGGAAGACUGCGCUGCCCUCCUCCCCACACACCGCUACUUAAUACCCCUCUCAGGCGCUCCUCAAGCCAUGGGGAAUGCCGACAGCACUCUAGGACACUUGGAGGUGGACAGGGAUAAAGGCGAGGUCUAUGAAGACUGGAUGAUGGCGCCUGGGGAACUGGAGGGCGUCCCAGUGACAGUGUUCUCCGCUGCCCAUCCUUCCUCCUCCCGCAAGAGACCAUACAUUGAGAGAGCAUUGCAGGCCAGCAGAGUGUACCGACACCCUGGAUUACUGAAGUACCUCGAUGGUGGAAUGAUCGGAGGGGAGGUAGUGGUGGUGACAGAGAGAGCCGCACCACUCAUGCACCACGACCUGGAGCAGUUCUCCCCACUACACAUAUCAGCAGGUCUUCUGUCUAUCAUUGAUACUUUAGUGUUUCUUCAUGAUAGGGCCGGGGUGAGCCACAACAACGUCAGCACUGCCAGUAUUUUUGUCACCCCAGAUGGUGCGUGGAAACUGUGGGGCCUUGAAUACUCCUGCAGCUUUGGAGAGUUGACCCGUGACCACAUCGAACACAUAAACAGCUACUGCCACGAGAAGUUCAUCCCACCGGACGACAAGACACGGAUCACUCCCGCUUAUCAGCAUGCUAGAGAUUCCUACGCCUUCGCUUGUCUUGUUGAGGAUGUUCUCUCCCCUGAAACUGUGUCAGAGUUGGCAGGAGCUGAGGAUUUUCUCUCGCUGGUCCAGAGGUGCGGCCUCAACAAAGACUGGACACAGCGGCCUCGUCUGGCAACUUUAGCUGACCACCACAUCUUCAGUCACGAUUUUUUGAAGUUACACGAUAACCUGACUAAUGUUCUCCUCCUUACUGACCAGAAGAGAGAGGAAUUUCUCAAGUCUGUGGCUGACAGCCUACGUCAGUAUCCAGAAGAACUGGUGUCGGGUACUUUGGCUAAAGCGUUGUUAAGUCGCCCACUGUUGCUGCAUCCAGCUGCCUCAACACAUCUUAUGCCCAAAGUGCUCAUACCUAACAAUGGUGCAGACAGUGAGGCAGAGAAUGGCCUGUUCAGCCAGGAGGUGUUCCAGCGUAACAUAGUCCCCCAGCUUGUCCGCCUCUUUGGCAUACACGAUGCAACUGUCCGAAGCAUCUUGCUCAUGUACCUGCCAUAUUAUGUUUCAUUAAUUCCCAAGGAUGUUCUCGCUAAUGAGGUGCUGCCAGAGUUGCUGCUUGGUAUUCGUGACUCCAGCGACAGCCUCGUGAUGUCUACGCUCCACGCCCUCGCUGAACUUGUGCCAAUCCUGGGUGCCAACACUGUCAUCGGUGAAAAUCGACAGAAUCUCUUCACGACUGCUAAGCCGAAGGCUGCAGCAAGUUUACCAAUAAGUAAAGCAGCGUCCUCUCACCAGUUAAGCUCUACUGAGCCAAAGACCACGACCAGCAAAGUUACCAAGACUCGCCUCGCAGCCUCAGCACCGCCUCACCCCGAUGAACCACCACCACCUCCACCUCGAACCAUUUCCCUACCACCAGAACCCAUUAACACUGAAGUAAAAUCAGAUGUUACCUCUCUGGACAACCUCUCAAUUGACAGUAUAGUUUUAACUCAGAUCCCAGAGAGAAGUUCGCCUGAUGGAGGAGAAGACAGCGGCACCUUAACAAACCCCUCGGCAGGGCCUUCAGGACCAGUAGGUAGUGAUGUAGAUGCUUGGUCCUCUGAUUGGGAAGAAAUGCAGGAUGCACCUUUAGAGGAUUUCUCUAUGGCAAUCCUUGCUGUCAAUCAAGAUAAAGAUGAAUUAAAAACAAGUGAUGAUAAAUGGGGAAUGGAUGUAAUGAAUGAGGAAGAUACAUCAUUUGCUUUUAAGAGUACCAAUAAGAUGAAAGUGAAUGCACCACCAGAGGCAGCAGCUUCCUUAUUGAGUAGCAGUAAGAGGAACAUUACUGAGGGGUCAUAUUCUGUAAAUGUAAAAUCAUCGUCAGGUAUGAAGCUCACCAAUGUAAAGAAUAAAGAUGCACCCAGCAGUGUAGUGCCGAAGAGAACUCCGAGUCUUGGUGAGGAGUUUGAUGUUUUGGCCAUCAAAGUCAACAAGAAACAUGAUGUAGAACUGGACCUGUUUGCAGAUCUUGAACCUAAGUUUGACACAAAGAAGUUUGACUUGGAAUCUUUGUUAAUGGAAGCUAAUUGUAAGGUGCAGGGAAUACAGAAAGUCAGGUCACCCUCAGUCUCUGAGACGUUAGCGGGGCUAGACACCAGUGGGGCCGCUGAGGCCUGGGGGACGGAAGAAGGAUGGGGGGAACAGAUUAACUUGUUUGACGUUUCCCCACUAAAUUCUGAAACCAGUUCGCCUUCUAAGUCUGUUAAUAAAGGCACAGAAAUGAAUUCACUGCUAAUGGGUGUAAAUAUUAAUUCAUUAUCAGAUAAAAAUGUCACUAGUUCUGGCAGAUCAGAGUUGUCAGCAGUGAGCUCAUUUGCAUCUCAGUCAUAUAAUAAUGGUGUAGCAAGUACGAGUGAAGUGAAAGACAGCUGGGACAAUGGCUGGGGAGAUUUCUGAAUAGUUACUUCAGAAAUUAUACUUGUACAUACCGUUAUAUUAGAUCUAUAUAAAUAUGUAGACAUUAUAAAUGAAAGCUGGAGAAUCUACAGAUCGACCAUUUAUUUUAAUCAAAAAUUAUUUUAUAAUAAUGUAGUUAUCAGAAAAUGGUAGCCGUGUUUUGGGAGAUUUUUUAUUUAUUUUUUAUUUGCCGUGAUGGUUAUUUUCAGGCCUUGGUUACAUUGCAGACUUCGUAGUUUGCUGCACAAUCUUAAACUCACUGUUGCUCGGAAAGUAAAAUUUAACAUUCGUGUUUAAUCUGUCAUCCCUGUCUGCCCUUCUCUGUCUAUUCUCGUACCCUAAAUAGCACUUAGUGGUUUGUACAUUAACAGAUAUAUACAUUAUGCACCUGACUUAAUAUUGACGGCAAUAGGUAACUCAUCCAGGCUUGAGUGAAAUCUUUAGCAGCUGUUUGAGUCAUUGUUCUUUUGGGGAUCUGACACUGGAAAACAUGAAGAAUAUCGACAAGUAGAAUGUUAAGUGGGGGAUUUUGUGUGUGGCAACCGACUCCAAGUACAGGAAGGAGUGUAAGGAGAUCAUGCUGUCCCAAAGUAGAAAUGUAUGUGUUGGGGGCAAGAUCAGUUUAAGUGAUCAGUCUGUUGAAGGACACAAUAGAGAGAGGAACAGACAAGUCAUCAUUCUACCUCUCAGCUUUAUUUAGAUCAUAAGUAAAUAUAUUUGAACAAGUGUCAGUCCCCAUAAGAAACUAAGAUUAAUUUCUCUGUGUGUGAAUAUUAGGUUAGCAGAUGUUCCGAAGUUGUCGGAUAAUGGCUACUCGGCCUCAUCCCCGCUGAAGGUCGUUCAUUGUUGACGGUUUAUUUUGAUGAGUUUUGUUUCUUUGUUCUUGUUAUCAUUGGUAUAGUGUUUAAGCUCCACCUAUUAUAUCUGAGUAUUUACCAAAGGUUAAUUUAAUGCUUGUUCCAUUAGUUAACCCAGCUAAUUACUGUAUCUUUGGUAGGCUUUCUGGGAUAUGGUGGCCUGGGGAUAAACACCUUCGGCUUAUCUAUGAGGUUUAUAACAGCAGUAAGACAUAAUAGACAAUACUGCACAUGUUUCAAGGAAUAGUAACACCUGUUUGCCACAGUAAAAUUCCCGACUCUGUGUGAAAAUUAUUUUUGUAAAGUACUCAAUGAAUUAAGUAGACCAGCAAGAACUCUUUAUUCCCAUGUGUUUCCAUUUGUUCUUAUCUCAGGUGAGGGAAUCAUAACAAAUCAACAACGAUGAGAGAGAAAUUAACAGUUUAGGAAAGAGUCAGUUUAAUGAUCAGUUAUGGAAAGCCAGAUGUUACUCACUGAUCAAGAUAAUUGACAACACCUCCCCUUCCACAUACCUGAGUGUUGUGGAUUAAAUUCUAUCACUGUUGAUCGGUGUGUAGCAUCUGGCUUUUCAUAUGUGAAUAUUAAAUCGACUCUUUCCUCUAGUGUUCAUUUCUCUGCCACCUCUGUUAUGGUUUGUUAUGAUUCCCUCACCUGAAAAAGAAAAGAACAUUAAUUUUCCUCUGGUGUGAGACCUAUGAGACACCCUGUAGUGGCAUCAGGUUGCUGUAUGUUUGUAAAUAUGCUGGCAAUUGAUUUUUAAUAUGAAAGUUCCUUGAGUUGUUAAUCUAGUAGUAGAUUAUAUUUAUAUGCAUUAAUAUAAAAGCUUUGUAGGUCAGUGUUUAUGACAGACUGAAUAUUGAGUGUACUUCAGACGUGUGUAAGUUUCUCCAAUGUAAAUAUCCCAGCACAUUUAUGUACUCUAAUUAAUUGUUCGUUGGAGUUGUAAAUUUUUAUUUCGGUGACAUUUUAUGCAAGUUAAUGUUAACCGUAUAAAUUUUCACCCUGGCACAAGGAUAAGUGUUAGUCUCAUAUUGCUUACCGUAACUGCAACAUUGAAAUGGCUACUUGACGUGCGGGAUUCUCUCACUGCAGAAGUGUUAAAUGGAGUUAGAAGGAUUUUUCCAUAUUUAUGUCUAAUGUUUAGUGCUAGUCAUAUUCUUAGUGGAAGCAAAGGGUGACUGUUUCACUUGUGUGAUAGCCAAACCAGCUUUGAGAAUUUCCCAUCAAUUAUAUACAGUACCAUAUUUCAAUUACCCAGACAUGAACAGAGUUGAAGUAAAACAUGUGGACAUUGUGUAACCGUUUAUAAAAAUUUCAAGUUUUGGUGCAGAGUAUAGUAUGUUGAGGUGGUGACUGAUUAAAAUGAUAGGGGAAUAGUCUGCACGAGUUGUUACUUAAGUCUCACUCAGAGCUGGUGGUCACACUUUGUUGUGUUCACCAGGUUUUUGAUCUGAUAAUACCUUCACUGCCUUCAAAAGAGAUUGUACAGUGAAUGUUCCCAAGUAAUAUGUAUAUAGAAGAACAGCAAAAGAAAUGCAUCAUUUUACUUAGUGUAGACCAGAGACCUUGUGUGGAUGUACAGUCAUGAGGUAAAGUGUCUCAUUUGUGUUUGGUAGUUUUGAACAGGAGCAUAAAGGAACUACUGUCCAUAACUGUUAUUGAGUAGUAUGUACAGUAUCAUCUGACUACAUAACACCCGCAAUAAGGUUUUGAUUAAGAAUAUGAAAAAAAUACAUUUAACUUGAGACUGUAGCCAUUAGAAUUUUUUAAGGUACAUAAAAGUUAUUUAUGAGAUUUUUAGAUAUUCUUUAUUUAUUUUUGAGUGAGGAUACAGUACUGUACUAGCUCAACAGAAGCUUGAAUAGGAGAGUAAACACUAGGAAAAUGUGGAGUACUGAAUACUAUAAUAAGAAUGAACUUGUUGAAGGAUUCAUCUGCCCUUCCAUCUGUUAUAGAGAAAGAAAUGAUGGACUGUACUUUUAUCUGGCUUACUACUGUAUAUCUGUUGGUGCAGUAAUGGGUGUUGACAAGUAAAGAUUAAAAAUAUGAUAAAUCUUGCUCUACUUUGAUAUAGAGACAAAGGUGCUUAGCACAGUACAGGACAAGGAUAGAAGAAAGAAUGUGUUAGGGAAUAAAUAGAUACCAGUAUAUUAACCCCUUGUGUACAGGAUCCCCUCUGAGUUGAAUAAAAUUAUCUGGCGAUAGCCAACUAAAAUAUUAAGAUUGGCUUUUCCUUAGUGAAGGAGUUAAUAGAUGGGCUGUAUUCAGGAUGCAAAUACAGUAUUAGUUGUAACUUAUUUCAUUACGCUCAUUUAAAGAAUAUUAUGUCAAUGAGUUUCCUAUAAAACUAGAGCAAAUUGAAGCUAACUUAAAAUUGCUUAUUUGUUUUACAGAUGUUACUGUACUGUGCUUUGUAAAAUACGAGUAUAUCCAUCUAUCUCAUGACUCGGACUUUAAUAUGACAAUAAUUUUUUAUUAUAGUAUAGAACAUAGCGGUGCUCAAGGAUUGAAAGUUGUUGUUUAGGCUAUAGUUAUACUAGUAGUAGAAAUACCGCACCUUAGUAUCAGGGGUUCAGUGUUAGUACGAUGUAGUUUUUGGACACCUUUUUAAGUGUACAUGUGUUUGUGUGUGUGUGUGUGUGUAAUAAACACACACACACACACACACAGGUUAUAAAAACAAUAGUGUGCUAACUUUGAACCUCUGAUUUAAACUCUUGAUAAUACGUGAUGAAGACUUAAGCAGAUGCUUACUAGUUCCUCAUAACCUCUGUGUUGGGUUCAUGCAGCUGAGCUUACAUCUCAUUUGUGGACUGAAAUAAAUUUUGACUAGAGUUCCUUGAUUGAGUGCAUGUGCAAAUCAGGUAGCAAUUAAUAUCGGAUUCAUUUGUAAAUGUUAGAACUUUCUAAGAAAUGUAUUGGUAUGAUUUUUAUCAACUAGAGACCUUGUGUGGAUGUGCAGGGUGUCUCAUUGGUCAUGCACCAUAAAAAAGUUAUUGUUCCACUUUUUUCUCAAGUCAGGGAAUCAUAGGAAAUCAAUGAAUGCCUGGGUUUUGUUGAUUAAAUUAUUUUGCAACUGGCUCUCUCUACUUGAGUAUGAAACUAACUCUUUCCUCAAGUGUUUAUUUCUUCACUGAUAUGUUGGGAUUCCCUUACCUGAGAAAAGAGGAGAGCAUUACUGUAAUUUUCUUAUGGUGUGUGACCUAUGAGACACCUUGUACAGUCAGGAGGAGAGGUCUUUGUAUAAUGAUUACAAGAAGUCCAUAGAUGGGAUCAUAUGUAGUUCCUGCAUUAGCAUACCAACAGGCUUAUGUCUUUUGUAACAUUCCCUGAUUGGCACAAAAUAUGACAAAAUCAGAACAGUACAAAAAAUAUAUUUUUCCUUGUAGUCAUUUUUUAUGAGUUACGUGCAAUAUAGUAUUUGUCUUUACCACACAUGUGAAAAUAAUACCUUUGUGAUUGUGAUAUUUUUUAUUAUUGUGUAAUAAUUGUAUGCUCUCAACAAUGUGUUAAAUGAAUCAUUUGUAAUAAAUUUCUUUAAACCAA